AUGGCGUCUACAGUUCGAGUCUUGUUCACAGUGUUAACGGUUGGCCUCGGAUGUUACCGCUGCGGUGACUGCAGGCCGGAUGGAGAAGCAGAAACAUCUGUUGACAACAUGCAAAGAGCCAGUUAUGGUACAGAUUGGUUUACGUUACGCAAUG